UAUACCCCAUUUGCAGCCAAUGUUGACAUGAUCACCAUCGAAAUAUUUUUAAAAAUCUCUCUCUUUCAGCCCUAGCGUCAUCCUUGACUGACUAGGUUCCCACCGUGACUGCAGUGACUCUUCAGCUGAACUGGGAAUUCCAGUCUUUGGGAUCCUCAUUUUUACUCUUCGUCUGUGUUAUUUUAGAUCCCCAUUUUCUUCAGAAGAACCGAAGAUCUAAAAAUAUCCCAAAACAACAAAAGCCCAAUAACCCGUGUCAGGGGGGAAAAUGGCCAAUGUGGGCAGCUGGCUGGCCUGAUAACGAAUGUGUGGUAUUUAAAACAUAGAAGUUGUUACCACAUCUGGACCAACAGCCAAUGAAAUUUGGGCUCUGGGGUAUUGAGGAAAUCGUUGACUUGAAGAAGAGAAGGCAUUGUGUAAGAGGAGGUUUUAUCGUUUUGGAGUGGAAGUUGCUAUGGGCAACUUCAGUGCCGUCUCUGAGUUCAUCCUUCUUGGGCUGUCUGCUGAUGCUGAGGUCCAAGCCGUGCUCUUUGUGAUUUUCCUUGUCAUCUAUGUCCUGACCCUGACGGGGAACUCCAUGAUUCUGCUAGCGAUAAUGGCUGACGCUCACCUCCGUUCCCCGAUGUACUUUUUUCUGGGUUACCUCUCCUUCGUGGAUCUUUUGUAUUCGUCAGUCUCUGUGCCCAAGAUGCUAGAAAAUCUAGUGUCUGAGACAAAAACCAUCCCUGUGAAGGCCUGUCUGGCCCAGGCCUUCUUUGUGUAUGCCAUUGGAGGCACCGAGGCUUUGCUCCUUGCAGUCAUGGCCUACGACCGUUACGCAGCCAUUUGCCACCCUCUACUCUAUGGCCAGAUGAUGAGCAGGCAGUUGUGUGAGGGGCUUGUGUGGGGAUCCUGGGGCCUGGCCAUACUGAACUCACUCAUUAACACCCUCCUCGCUGUGAAGUUGGACUUCUGUGACUAUGGAGUCAUACACAACUACAACUGUGAGAUCCCUUCCCUCUUCCCUCUGUCUUGCUCCGACAUCUCCACUAACGCCACUGUCUUGCUCUGGUCUUUUGUUCUACAAGCCUCUGGAACCUUUCUUCUGGUUUCAUCUUCCUAUGGUUGCAUUUUCUCCGCUAUCCUGAAGAUGCGAUCCACCACGGGCAGAAGCAAGGCCUUCUCCACCUGCUCCUCCCACCUCACUAUAGUGAUCUUGUACUUCGGGUCAGCCUGCCUGCGCUAUACCAUGCCCACCUCGGGUUCUCCCGUGGAAAUAAUCUUCUCUUUGCAGUACAGCGUCAUCACCCCCAUGCUGAACCCCCUCAUCUACAGCCUGAAGAACAAGGAGGUGAUGGCAGCUGUGGGAAGAAUGCUUGGAAAAUGCUGCCAGCAUUUUGAGUAAGUCGAUCAGAGACACGGGGUGAAGAAAACACUUGAGAGACCCAAGGUCAAGCUAUGGAGAGACUUAACAGGAAUGGCCCCUAGAGUCAGAUGCUGUGUGGAAAUACUGGGGUUUUCCCAGAGUAAUGCCUUUUCCCGUGGCAGCCUUAAAGUUAAUUCUAUUCAGAGACAAGGCAUUAAGUAUCUGACUCUUCUGCUAUGAAAUUAAUUUAAAUAUACUUGUUUAUUAUUUUAUCUUAAAGAGGACAUUUCUUAGUUUGUCUCCACCCCCCCCCCCAUACUUUCUAUUUUCUUUUAGUAACGGGACCCAUUUUCCUUUGGGCAGAAUUCCACUGCCCCAUUAUAUAUGCAUCAAUGUCAAUGCCUUUUUACGAGGGGUGAUCAUGGGACCCCGUGGGCUGGCCAUUCUGUUUCAGCUCCAGUGCUGGUCCAGAAUUGUGGUAAAUUGAUUCAAACGUGGCUCAGACGACCCAGCUUCCUGCACCUAUGAUCUUUUCUGUGUGACUUGGUAGCUUCCCCGUCUCAUUUUCCUCCUCCUUGGAUAUGAGGUGGCUGUAUGAUGUCUGCCUUGACCUUAGUUUUUAAAUAAUCUAACUCUGCGGCAUAACUUACAUAUAACUCACCAACUUUAAUGUACAGCUUGAUCAUUUCUUUAUUUUAAUAAGCGGUAUUGGU